AUGAGCUCUGAGGCUCACCGAACAACCGAGCAUGACGAGGCUCACACGGGGGACAAUGAUGAUCCUCUCCCGGAAGAAGGGACAGAUUCUGAGGACUCGCCUACAGUCCAGGAGACUCUGUCAGAGGAUAACAAAGUCCUUUCGUCGGACGAGGCUCAGCGACUCACGCAGGAGUCUUUGGCAGAGGAUGCUAUUAUUCAUUUGCCGGAAGAACAAGCGCUUGACGGGACUCUAUCGUCGGGCGCUGGGUCGAAGCCAAAGGUUAUCCAGGUCCCUAACGCGUAUUUUCCCGCCUGUAGAGGUGGAAGCGUUGAUUUCUACCACGACGCUAUGAGCGUGCCUGUCCCCCCCUUUGGAGACAGCGAGGGGGUCUUCGCAGCAAUCGAGAAAGCUCUUCUGAGAGCGAAAGAUUUCAUAUUCGUCAUCGGUUACUCCCUUUGGCCCGAUAUCAACCUGAGGAGGGAGGAAAACAGUCCCACUUUAGGUGAGAUCCUGAUACAGAGAGCCAGUGAGGGAGUUGAAGUGAAGAUUCUCCUCUGGAGGGAAAUUAUUCCGAUUUUCAAGUACGCUGAGCUAAGAAGAAAGGAAAUAAAGGAAUAUUUCUGUGACUCCGAGGUUGAACUUGUUUUCGCUGCGAGGCACAAGAAACCUGGUGCAGGUUUUCUGCAGCACAAGAAAGCGCCCUUCAUGUGGGCGCACCAUCAAAAGAGUCUCGUUUUGGACUCUGGCACGGGUGAAAUCCUGGCCUUUCUAGGGGGUCUGGACAUCACGAAGGGCAGGUGGGAUACGCCUGAUCAUCAGCUGUUUUCAACGCUCGACAAGGAGCAUAAAGAUGAUUUUAGAAACUUGUUCAUCGCUGUGUCGCCAGAAUGCGGUCCUCGGCAGCCCUGGCACGAUGUUCACAUGCGAGUGAGUGGCCCAGUCACUCGGGACAUUUUUCAGAAUUUCAGAGAGCGUUGGGAGAAAGAAAGACGCCGCAUCGCCAACAAGGAGGACGUCGAUGACUAUUACGGUUCCUAUGAUCCUGAACCAACGCAGAUCUGGAGCAAGAUCAUGACAAACGCGGCUACAGAAAGUGGCGGAACUCAGUGGGUGAUGCAGCUGUUGAGGUCGAUCGAGGAGACAUCAGCUGACUUUGAGAGAAAGGCUUCCCCCGGACUCGUUGACAUUGAGGGAUGCUGGGUUGAUCAGAGCAUCCAGCAGGGGGUCAUAGAAAUAAUAAGAAAUGCUCGGGGGUAUUUGUACAUCGAAAACCAAUAUUUCGUAGGAUCCUCGAAAUACUGGGAAAAGGAAGCAAAAGUCGAAGCCAAGAAUCCCAUUCCAUACGAAAUUGUCGAAAAGACUAUACAGAAAAUUCGUGCGGGGGAACAAUUCUGCUCUUACAUCGUCAUCCCCAUGCUGCCAGAGGGGAACAUAGAAGGUCACGUUUGCAGUAGAAUUGCAAAGAAGAUCAUGCAUGGUCAGCUGCAGACUAUUCAGAUGAUGUACCGAAGGCUCGCGAAGGAAUUGCAAGCCAUUGGCUCAGAUGCACACCCGACUGAUUACUUGGUGUUCCUGUGCCUAGGAAAACAAGAGGCGAAGCCGGAUUAUGCCGCUGGCGGCGCCAAGGAGCCAGAGCCCGGGGCUAAAGAAUGGAAGUGGCAUGACCUCAGCCAUUUCAUGAUCUACGUGCACUCCAAACUCAUCAUCGCAGAUGACUGCUACCUCCUGGCCGGCUCUGCCAAUUUCAACGAGCGUAGCUUUGCGGGGAACAGAGACACCGAAAUAGCAGCCUUAGUGCAGCAAACCAGAACAGUUGACGGCGCCGAGGAAGUCGUCUGCGAUGGCCAGAUCCACGACUUCCGCCGCAGACUCUGGGCCGAGCACACGUGGGGCUUGUCCGAGGCGGAUUCCUCUCUGAAGGACCUUGCUUCCUUGGAGGCCAUCAGGAGGGUCAAAGAGCUGUCCAAGGACGCCCUGCGAGCCUACGUCAGAGGCGCCGAGGAGAACAGCAUGCGGCUCCUCAGAUUCCCAGUCGACAUCACGCGGGACGGGGCAAUUCAGGCCUAUGAUGACUUGCCCUUCUUCCCUGACUUCGAACUGAUGGUCAUUGAGGACAUAAUGGACGAAAUGACAAUAGAAGAGUGCAUGUGA